AUGGGCCCGGGGCUUCUAGCUUCCAAGUUUGAGCGUGGAGCAGGCCAAGUUGCGUCGGCUAGAGCUGUCAAAGGCAUCGGAACAGGCGGUAGGGAGGGCCUCGUUCAGAGGGAGUCGUCCUGUCCGCAACACGAGACAGCGCCGGCGUCCAUUAGGUGA